CCCUUCUCCAAAGCCUCCCUUCUCUUUCCCCUGCAUUAUUAUUUUUGAUUUUCCCUCUGUUUUUCUCUUAUCCCAUCGUUACUCUGCUUGAUUUCACAUCAACCACACAUCAUUUUCCUAUACAAUCACUUCAAAAAAAAAUAUAAAAUUAAAUGGUAAUGUUCGAGAUCAAUUGAUGUCUCCCGUUCUGAGCGAGCUUCUCCGAUCCGGUUUCGUGAUCGGCUCCUCCCUCCGCCGCCGCAACCAUCUCGUCCAAUCCUUCUCCGUCGUCUUCCUCUACUGGUUCUACGUUUUCUCAUAAACACUUUCCCCCAAUUUCCAAACCCUAAUUAAUUCAAUUAAUCGAUCAAUCAAUCAAUCAAUCCCCUUCCUCUCUGAAAUUGAAUGGCUACAUCGAGCGGAACGUCGUCGAUCGAGAAUCUGGACGGCGCGAUGGACCAGCGGAAGCGGAAGCGGAUGCAGUCGAACCGCGAGUCGGCGCGGCGGUCGCGGAUGCGGAAGCAGAAGCACCUGGACGACCUGAUGGCGCAGGCGCAGCAGCUGCGGGAGGAGAACGCGCGGAUCCUGAGCAGCAUCGGCGCCACCGCGCAGCGCUGCGCGAGCGUGGAGGCGGAGAACUCGGUGCUCGCCGCGCAGAUGAUGGAGCUCACGCAGAGGCUCGGAUCUCUCGAUGAGAUCCUCAGCUACAUCGGCUCGGCUAGCUCCGGUGUCGGAGGAUGCAUGUUUCAGUCGGAGGAGUUUCAGUUUGGCGACGGCGGGGCGUGGAACUCGGUGGGGCUGAGCCACCACCCAAUCAUGGCGGAGAUGUUUGAUUAUUGAUGGAUUUGUGAUUUGGGGGUUUUUGUUUUAUUUUUUAAUUAGUGGUUGUCUUCUGUUGUAUUUGAAUAUCAUCAUUUAUUAAUGAUUGUUGUCGAUAUUUUCAGUAA